AUGAGCUCGACGUCGACGUCUUCGGGACAUCACCGAGAGGACGAGCGACACGCGGCGAGCGUGACGUCGAGACGAAGCGCGUUCGUCGCGAGCGGAUCGGCGGCGAUAUUACGUACGAUCGGCGUCGGGGCGGCGACGCACGUCGGGAAGGCGCGAGCGUUCGGGGCGCCGCGGGCGAAGAGCGACCCGUACGCCGACGUCUUAAAGGACCCGCAGUUUCCGGACAAGUACCCGUUCGGAGAGAAGGAGAUGGCGCGAUACGACGAGAGCUCUGAUUUUAUCUUUUAUUCUCAACCGAGAUUCGUGACGCACAUCGACGACGAGGCGAUCGGGGCCCUAACCAAGUAUUACGAACGCGAGUUUCCGCCGGCGAGCGACGACGUGGCGAUUUUGGAUGUGUGCAGCAGCUGGAUCUCGCACUAUCCGAACGGGUACAAGGCUGGGAAAAUCUCUGGGGUGGGCAUGAACGAGGAUGAGCUUAAGAGAAACCCGGUGCUCACCGACUACGCGGUUCGGGACCUGAAUGAGGACCCGACGUUUCCGUACGCCGAUAACACCUUUGACGUCGUCACCAACACGGUGAGCGUGGACUAUCUCACCAGACCACUCGACGUCAUGAAAGAGGUGAGACGAGUUUUGAAACCGGGUGGACUCGCCAUCAUGAGUUUUAGUAACAGAUGCUUCCCGACCAAGGCUGUGGCGAUCUGGACCGCCACGGGCGAUCUCGACCACGUCUGGAUUGUCGGCGCGUACUACCACUUCGCCGGCGGCUUUGAGCCUCCUCAGGGCGAGGACAUCUCCCCGAACCCCGGGCGAACCGACCCAAUGUUCGUCGUCACGGCGAGAAAGAGUGCGUAG